CGGUCCGCGGCGUACUUCGCGCGCGCGCCCGCGCUCGAUCGCUCGCUCGCGACCGCCGUCGCCGUGGUCGUGCGCUCCACCGUCGGCCAGUGUAACCCGCGACGUCCGACCAUGCGCAGACGCCCGGACGACAGCUGCAGCCGGCACGUCGGGACGAGACCGUGAACAGAGGAGAUAUGCGCUGUGCGCUCUUCGUCACCGUCGCCGUUCUCGUAACUCUCUUGGUGUCGCAUUGCGCGGGCCGCCCAUGGCAGCAGCAGCGGCAGCAGCAGCGACACAAGCGGCAGAGACGACCGCGACCGGCGGCGGCAUACGAACCGUCAACGGCCGUAGCGCCGUCCUACGCGGUGUACGAUGAUCCGCCCGUGGCCGUAGACGACCCGUACCCGUCGUCAUCGUUGUCGCCGGAACAGAGCUUACUACAGCAAGGACCGUUGGAACCGGACUACGGGGAUCCGGGGCGGCUGUACGUGGAACCGGAACGGGUGUACGCGGAACCGGAGCAGAACUACGAGGUGGACGAGGCAGUGAGUGUGCUGAGCGACGGGCGCGUGCACGGCGUGCAGCUGCAACAGGUGCCGAUGACCACCACGUCCCCGAGGAGCAUCACCACCACCACCCCGAUCGUCACCACCACGACCGCGGCCACCAGCGUCAGCACCAGCUGCACCACGUCGGCUACCGUGGCGGUGGCCGCCGCGGAGACGCGGAAGAGCGGUUACGUGUUGGACAGCAAACACUACCGGAAGUACCGGGUGGAGGAAGAGACGCCCGACGGGUUCAUCGUCGGCGAGUACGGCGUGGUCAGCCAUCACGACGGCACCACCAGGGGCGUGAGGUACACGGCCGAUAGCAGCAUCAACCCGCGAGUCAUCUACGAAGCGCUGGCCAAGUUUUUGGCCCUCAAGCGCCGUAGGUAGGACGAGAGGCACCACCAACUCGCGGGACCGGCCGCACUCGAUGACUGAUUUUACCGGCGAUACAUUAUAAUAUUAUUAGAACAUAUUAUGUUGUACAACGCGUUUGGUUCACGAUUCGAGACCGUUCAUCAAUCGUUUUUUUUCCUUUACCCCUUUUUUUCCUUCUUUUUUUUUUCCAAACGAAAUUUCUAGUCAGAUUCUUCUCGUCGUCGACGCCAAUUUCAGCUGGCCUUGAAAGGGAAAAGAAAAUCAACUAAUACUUUUUGCAUGUAUAAUAAUAUUUUUCGAAUCGCGCGUGCGUGUGUGCCAUCUCCACGAACACAACAAUAUAGUAAUGUCAAAUGUACUUAUACUCGUAUAUAUAUAUACUUUGAAUAAUCUGUAUCCAUGAGCGACGGAAAACAAACAACAAUAAUUUGGAAAAAAAUUAGAUUAAUUAGAUUAAUUAUAAAUGUGCAUUUUUGAUCGGAAUAUAUGUGCGUAACUUUAUACGCUUUGUGCAAUAA